AUGUGCGAGCAGCGCCGGUUGUGUCUCGGCCCAGCAAUUCGUCGUCGACGGCUUCGCAUCCACCAGCUACUUCCGCUCGUCAUGGUGGCAAGAAAGGCUCGGUAUUCGCAUCUUACAAGGCUUUGCCCUACAAUACCAAGCUGGUGUUUUGCUCCUGUGCAGCCAUGUUCGCCGCACUCGGCCUGCUUGUCGCCGAUAAGCUCGAAGAUCUCUUCCCUGCUCACAACCAUCGUACCCCCUCGUCGCCUACAACAUCUUCACCAAAAUCCAUCCAGCAUACCGCCGACACCCCGCAAACGCCUACCGACACAAACGAUCCCAAACCCAAACUGUUCAGCAUCAGCGUCGUCGAUCGUUCUUGACCAUCCUAGCGUAGCAACUCAUUGCCGAAUGUAUGCAGUCCCAGAGCUUCGCAAAACGAGUAAAUGUGAGAAAGACACGCAAGUUGACGUAUGA